AUGACACUUGAUUUCAAGCCACUCAGUCUUGCCCCUCUCCGAAAGAAGACACGGCGUCAAAAUGAGUCCUCUAUCCUCCAAAAGCUCGUCGUAGUUCUUUACCAACCCAAGAGGAAUGCGAAAUUUAAUUUACGGCCACACUUGGUCCAGUACCCUCACACCUUCAAUGAGAACAGAUUCGAGAUAUUUAUCCACUACGGAUCGUACAGCUAUAAGAGCGAUCGCAGCCCAUUCCCGAGAGGGCUUCCACUCUGUCUUCUUACCCGCAAACAGAUUCUCUACGAGGCCAUUAAAGAAUUCUACCAGAAGGCCCGGUUGGCCAAUUACACCGAACCUGAUGAACAUGACGAGUCCUACAAAUCAACUAACGACUUGAUCUCACUUUCUAGAUUUCGUGAGGUUGGCCAUAGCUAUAUCACAGAUGCGAUUGCUUUGUCGGUUAAGGGCAUUGAGGACUAG